GCACCCACACGGUGCUGCUCAGGAGCGACGGCACGGCCGUGGCCUUCGGCUCGAAUAUCCGCGGCCAGUGCACCGUGCCGGCGCUGGACGGUGGCCUGAGCUACACGCAGGUCGCCGCCGGACGGUUCCACACGGCGCUGCUCAGGAGCGACGGCACGGCCGUGGCCUUCGGCCAGAAUCUCGAGGGCCAGUGCGCCGUGCCGGCGCUGGACGGUGGCCUGAGCUACACGCAGGUCGCCGCGAGACAAUUCCACACGGUGCUGCUCAGGAGCGACGGCACGGCCGUGGCCUUCGGCUCGAAUCGCAGCGGCCCGUGCGCCGUGCCGGCGCUGGACGGGGCGCUGACGUACACCGCGUCGCUCGACGGCGGCGCGGUGCGCUUCCUGACCCUGGGCGGGGUGGAGCGCUGCCGGGUGCGGGCGGCGCCCGGCGCGCCGCUCGCUGGCGUGCGCGACUGGCUGGCGGGCGAGCUGGGCGCGGGCAGGCUGGGCCCCGGGAUCGGCCGCGCCGACGCGGCCCUGCCAGGCGGACGGCUCCUGAGCGGGGCCUCGGCGGGCGAGACCGCC